GGGGGUGGGGGGGAUCAAAAACCGCCCACUGGAAACUUUCAGCCAAUGGGAUGUGUUGUCGCUGGGCCUGGCCAGGUGACACCGUGUAUAAUUAAUUACGCAGUCGUCAUGCAGUGUGCGCUCCAAGAUAAGAGGGACUCGAACCCGCUGCGCGAUUACGAAAUAUGUGCAAGGUUGGACUGACAAAAUCAUGUCGCCUGCUAGUUGCCUACUUGGAGUACUUCUGCUGUGGGACCUGAUACCCGGCCCGGACGCCCUAUCGUACUUCGGAUUAACAGGGAGGGAGCCUCUGAUGGUGCUGCCGCUCGGAGUGGACGACAUCAACGCCCUGCCGCCCGUCAAGAUCUGUGAGAGCUUCAAACUGAAGAGGAAACAGCGGCGAAUGUGUAAGCGGGACGCCGGGGUGGCCGAGACCCUGGUAGAGGCCAUGCACAUGUCCGCCAGGGAGUGUCAGCAUCAGUUUCACAACGAGCGCUGGAAUUGUACCCUGGGCAAGACAAGGCUGAACAUGCUCAAGAGAGAUGUGGCUGAGGGGCGAAAACGUUCACGUGAAAGAAACAGGUUCAAGGAGACCGCGUUCCUGUACGCCAUCUCGUCCUCGGGGCUGACGCACGCCCUGGGCCGCGCGUGUUCCAGCGGGAAGCUGGAGAGGUGCACGUGCGACGAGAGCUUCAACGACAUCGAUAACCGGGAGACCUGGCUGUGGGGAGGCUGCGGGGACAACCUGAAAUAUUCCCGGAAAUUCGCGCGACAGUUUCUCAGCAUGAACAAGGCGGAGGAACAGGACUUGCGAGCCGCCGUGGACAGGCAUAACACCAACCUGGGAAUCCGAUCUGUUACAUAUCAGGUGGUGCGGUCCCGAGUGAAGACGACGUGCAAGUGCCAUGGCGUGUCGGGGUCCUGCAGCGUGCAGACCUGCUGGAGACAACUGGCACCCUUCCACGAGAUCGGAGACGUCUUAAAGAACAAGUACGAGAAGGCCAUGAAGGUGGUGAGCAUGACCAACGGCGCGGGGGAGAGAGCGCAGCUCAUGAACGAACCCGUCGGGAACGAGGCGCCCAAAGGCCCGAAGAACAACGACAUGGUGUUCGUCGACGACUCUCCGAGCUACUGCAAAAAGGGGAAAUAUUCGUACGGCACUAGAGGCCGAAUCUGUGACAAGGAGAAGAACUGCGACAGUAUCUGUUGUGGAAGGGGACACAACACACAAAGUCUCGUCAUCAAGAGACCCUGUCAGUGCCAGGUCAAAUGGUGUUGUUAUGUCGAGUGCAAAGAAUGCAACACGAGAGAAAAUAUCUACAUGUGUAAAUAACCCUUCAUAUAAUGCUUUACCGAUAGUUUCCAUCUCUAUAUGUCUCUGUUAUUGAAGCUCCGAUCUAUGUACUCUCCAAGCAGAGGUUCGGCUUCAGGUGUUUUUUUUUUUUGUUUUUAUUACAUUUUUUGGCACUUUUCUCCAUGUCCACCGUCUUCGUCGUUUGGCCGGCUGGCAUAAAGAAAAUGAUGCAAAAUAGAAAGCCUCACAAAAACGCCUAAAACACGUGAAAAAAAAACAGUCGGAGUCGAACCUCUACUUGGAGAGUAGGAUCUAUGUAUUAUUGUCACCCGUUUCCUGUACAUAUACUUUUCAAACAAGAAUGUGUAACUGUUGUAUACAUAUUCCAGAAAGGUUGAACUAAGAUGAAAGUAAUAGUGUAGAAAAAUGUUGUUUUGAAUGUUUGGCUUCCCGUGAGGAAGAUGUUGAAGACGUAUUUAUUUAUCAGGAGGAAAAUUGUGUUGUGUAAAUGUGGAACGUUCUGUACUGUCCAGGGGAAGAGUCUUUUUACAAUGAAUGCCAUGAAAAAACAGCUUUUAUAAAGUGCAAAUAAGACACAUGGAAAGUUGGAAUAGCGCUAUGAGUUUUUGUUGAGUAUACCUACACCCAAACGAUAACUGAGUGCAGCUUGCCGCCAUGCAGAAAAAAAAUAUAGCUAUGCUCUCUCGUUUUGUUUUGAAUUAUUUUGUAAAAAAAAUUUGCGUUGCAUACUCUUAACGAUGUUGUAAAAAUGUAUGUAUAGCUUGUAUUGGCUGCGCGACGGUUUGAUUUGGAUAUACGAAGAAAAGAAAGGCUUUAGAAAAAUAACGAUUUGGAUGAUACGACCAUUUUCACAAUUUUGUACAUAAUUACUAAUUGUGACGUCAUGUCCCUAUGGGACAGCCAUUUUGUGACGACUAUUAUGGGAUGGCAACGUUGUGCGCAGACGCAAAAACAUUGCGCCUGCGCACUGGGUAGAUGUGAAAAUUCCGAUAGAAAAAAAGACUAGGAGACACGAUCGAGCCGUUUGAUGGUUUGGGAUAUCAUUUAGUAUAUAGAAAAGCACUUACAAUCGUUUGUUACUGUCACAAACGUGUUAACAUACAGCAGUAGAUCACCAUGUAUAUACAUUUGUGUAGUUACAGCAUCAGUAAUGUGGUGAUGGGACGCCAUUCAAUGCGAAACGGUCUACGUAACAACUACAUUAUCUCGCCCAUAUGUCUUAAUAUUGAUUCUUUUAGCGACCAAACUUGUCGACAACGCAGCUCCCAGUUCUGGACUUAAACAAAAAGUUCCCAUCCGUCUUGUUAACCCAAAAGGCAGGGGACAGAAAACGAAGCAUUCACCCAGCAAGGAAGGUAAUAUAAGGAACUUAACGCGCGUUUUCAAGUAGAUGUAAAGCGGGAAGAAAUUUGUCAAGUGUUAGAAAUAUUAACAUGAAUGCCCUUAAAGAUUUUGGGAGUGUGGGCAUAGUUAAGGUAAGUCAAUGGGUUACAAAAGUGGAUAUAAAGGUAUGAACAUAGAUUAGAAGGGGACAGGAAAACUUUCCAACCCCGCUUUAUAUUGGAAAUAGCCCUCACAGCUGUUGUUAUAUUGGUCAAUGCUUUGUUCCCUAAAAAGGGCAUCCCCCAAAGGCUACAAUUGAUAGGCGUGCAAUUCUUUAAAAGAAUCCGUGUUUUCCUCUGUUGCUGUUUUAAUUUAUUUCAUGGCCGAGUCGGAGCACUUUUCUUGGUGAGAGGGGCCGCAUUUUCUCAGAUGAACUGAAGAAUGUAAUAAAGGCAUUCCUUCUCUUUUUA